AUGGUGGUCAAGGAAUUCCUCGACUCGGAUAGGGUCAACUUUCUGAUCUGGAGGUAUCUUUUGGAAGGGAAUUAUCGCGAAACAGCCGCCAAGUUCCAGAAAGAGUGGCACGUGAAUGAGCCACACCGAGAUUUUGCCUUUGCACCUCAUGUCAAGGGCCACGCACUGGUUUCCAUUGUCAACAGAGGACUAUUAUACUAUGCUUUGGAACGCGAUUUUGCCCUCAAGCAGUUGCCUCGUGAUGCGGCCAGCGCAGAAGUAGAGGCGCUGCAGGUCGGCAUCUUUGGACCGCUACGCUCGCAAUCUCUGGCCGAAUUAGAUCAGGGGCAUCAAGGAACCGCAAUCAGCAGCGCCGGUGAUUUGGAAGCCUCGCGGAAGCGCCUUCAACAACAACAACACCACCUACCAAAUGGCUCGCCGGCGAAGCGACCGCGCCUCAGCAAUGGCUACGCCGAUGCAUCGGCAACACCAGCGCCACUGCCAACGGCAAACGCAAGCGCAAGGGCAAUCGCAUCCGCACCCGGUUCCGCACCUGCUCCACCCGCUGUACCCGAGGCUCCGACGACUUCCGUCACCACGCCAAUACCCAUGCAUGUCGACGACGCUUACGCUCAUCAACCGUUGUCCGAGCACCCCCACGAUGGCCUUCCAGACUCGAGUAACAAUCACGCCUAUCCAUCACCGUUGGAAGGCGAACAAUCACCGCCAACCGUCGUUCGCACAGACGGCCCUGAGCAAGGCACGCAGGUAGACAAGGUUGAGGAGCUGCUACCCGACACCACCUUUAUCCGCCUCAUGGACGACGACGGCGCUGUCUCCGAGUCCGUGGCUACGCCGACUCCCACGCCAGCCAGCGCUGAGAAUGCGCCGGUGCUGCUGCAGUGCGAGUGGAACCCGCGCGACCCUUCGAUUUUGGCCGCUGCCGGAACCGAUGCGCUGGCCCGCGUUUGGACCAUCUCUCGUUCCACGGCUCUCGAGCCUGGCCAGGACCACGUCUCUCCCAGAGCCCACACACUACUUGACCCCGAAACACCCCGGACCACGACUGUGACGGCCUUGUCUUGGACGUCUGAUGGCACCGCCAUUGCCGUGGCUACCGACUCGGGGUCCGUGGCGGCGGUCAGUGUAUGGUCGGCCGACGGCGUUCACAUGCAGACAAUGGAAGUAUCGGAACCACCCGUCAUCAAGCUGGACUGGAACCCGAGCAACACCGCCUUGCUCGCCAUUUCGCCGGAAAAGGGCGGCUCCCUCAUCACCGUAUACUCGUCCGCCACUGGAAACGGCUUGACGUAUAGUUUGCCGGGCCACGACAUUGCCGCGACGCAGUUGGACGCCACGUGGACCAACGACGUGGAGUUUCUGCUGACUGGCGGUGAUUUGUUAUUGUGUCUUCGCUGCACGGAGUCGUCAAUCGUACAAGUGCGAAAAUUCGAAACCAAGGAGGAUGAUGGUUUCACACAGGUGCUGUUUGAUUGGCGGUCGAAACUAGCGGCCACGUCAAGCGACAAAGGCAUUCUCGAUCUCUGGGAUGAAUCGGGUCAAAGACGGUCUAUUUCGGCGCAUCAAGGAGCCAUCACAACCAUGGCAUGGCACCCUCUACCGCCCGGUCAACCCGCCCUUGACGAUGAGCGCCUCAUUGCGACUGGUGGUGACGACAGCGCGAUUUUGAUCUGGAACGCCCGGAGACCAGAGUCCAAAGCGAAAUGUUUCCUGACCAUGGACUCUCCGAUUGUGCGACUUGCCUUUACCCCCGACGGAGCGUUUAUUGCGGGUGCCACGUCGCGGCAAGUACUGAUAUGGAAGGUUGGCAAUCACUCGCUGCCAAGAGCGAGCUGGAAGCGACCGCCGCAUCCGGGCUGGCUGAGCCCGAAGGGUUCCUCGGACUCGGAGGAAGAGGACGAGCACUGCCUUUGCUGGGAUGUGAGCGGCAAGAAACUGGCGUAUGGCUCCAACAGUAGGCUUGCCGUGAUCAACUUUACCAGAUAG